AUGUCUCGAAGAUACAACAUACGCAAUCCACGCCACAGCGGUCCCAUCUCGGACGAAGUUAGCUACUCAGAAGAGGAGGAUUCAAGGCCUAGUGGAGGAUCAUAUAGUCACGGACGAGAGGUUUCGGACGAGGACUCUUACGAGAGUGAAGAGGAAGAAGAGUUCGACGACGACGAUAUUGAUCCAGAAGAUUCAGCUUCUACUAGCCCUUCAAGACGCCACCACCCAGAGGCUCGUCCUCAUCGCGCCCCAUCCCGUGCCCCGUCUCGCACGCCGUCUGGACAGCAGCACAGGAGUGUUACCCAUAGAGUACCCUCCCAUUACGAUUACGAUACUUAUCGGCAGGCGCCGAACCCCUCUACCAGUCUGGAUUCAGAAUACGAUUACUACGGCCGGGGUGCCGCCUACCCACCGCCGGCCGGAGGGAACCAGUGGCCUGGUGGUAACGAAAUGAUGCCAUUUGGCGGAGGUGGCGGUCAGAAUUACUUCGGUGGUCAGCCACAGUAUCCUAUGCCGCACGGCAUGGCACAAUAUCAGUGGUCCCCUCCUCCGCCUCCACCGACGGACAUUGGCGGUCCGUCUCGAACACCUGCCCCAGCUCCAGCUCCAGAGCCCCCGAAGGAGGACCCUGAGAAGGAAGCCAUGAAAAAGAAAUUAGCUGAGAUUGAAGCCGAACAAAAGCGGAAAGAACAAGAAGCUAAGCAAAAGGAGCUCGAGGCUCAAAUCAGGAUGGAAGCAGAGCUGGCAUUCCAGCGAAAAAUGGAGCAGAUCAAGAGGGACGAAGAGAUUCGUGCUGAGGAAAGAAAGAUUGCUAUGGAGAAAUUGACCAAAGAUAUCGAGGAUGCCAAGAGGGCAGCCGAGAAAGCCGAGGCGGAGCGUGCCCGCAAGGAAGCAGAAGCUCUCGAAAGAGCUGAGCGAAGUGCCCGUGACAAACUCGAAGCGGAACAGAAAGCCGAGGCGGAAAGGAAGAGGAAAGAGGCAGAGGCAGCCGCUCUUGCAGAGGCAGCUCUUCAGGCUAAGUUACAGGCCGCUAUCAGGGCUGAAGCCGAUGCAAGAGCGGCGGCGGCGGCCAGAGCUGCUGAGGAGGCUGCGCAAAGAAAGAAAUUUGAAGAAGAGGCCAAGGCAAAAGCUGAGCUAGAAGCCCGCAAAAAGAUAGAAGCUGAAGAGGCGGCCAGGGCAGCAGCCGCCGCAAAGGCUGCAGAAGAGCCGCGCGAGCAGAGAAAGAAAUUCGAGGAAGAGGCUAAAGCAAAGGCAGAGUUGGAAGCUCGCUUGAAGCUGGAGGCCGAGGCGAACGCUAGGGCUGCAGCAGCGAAGGCGGCGGCGGAAGAGGCGGAAAGGCAGAAGAAAAUAGAAGAAGAAGCCAAAAUCAAAGCUGAGCUUGAGGCUCGUAAGAAGAUAGAAGAUGAAAAGGCAGCGGCGGAGGCAGCCAAAGCAGCCGAGGAGGCUAAGAAGAAGGAAGAGGAGGCACUGAAGAAGAAGCUCUUAGAAGAGGCCAAGCUCAAGGCUGAAGAAGCGAAUAAGAAGAGCCUUGGUAAGGACAAGGCGCCGAUUCGGUUCAAGGAUGCUGUGGGGAGAAAAUUCAGCUUCCCUUUCCAUAUAUGCCAGAGCUGGCAGGGCAUGGAAGAGCUCAUCAAGCAAGCUUUCAGUCAUGUCGAUGUUAUUGGUCCCCAUGUACAAGCUGGGCAUUAUGACCUUAUUGGUCCGAAUGGCGAGAUUAUUCUCCCCCAGAUAUGGGACAAGGUGAUUGAGCCGGAUUGGGCGGUGACGAUGCAUAUGUGGCCUAUGGAUCGGCCGGCCAUGCCUCAGGGAGGAGGAGCUAUGAGAUCUAUACCUGGUAGACCAGGGGUCCACAUGGCUGGUGGCCCAUUCCCUCCGCAGGGUCUUAGGCCACAAGGCCAACCGCGCCCGGCAGCCAAUGGUGGAAUUCCACCUCCGCCGGGUCAUCCGAUGGCAAUGGGUGCGGGCGGUAUGCCUGCUCAUAUGGGGGGACGGGUUCCUUUCGACGGACGUCCAGUUGGGGGUCCCGGCGGAGGGAUGCCUCCGAAUAUCAUCCAAGUUAACAAGCCUCCUGGUAAGAAGCCAACCAAGAAAGUCCAGAGUGGCGUGCUUGGAUGGAUAGGUGGAGGAGCCGCGAAGCCCACUAAAGGCAAGAGGUCAGUCGCCGCGUCCAUUAUGUUUUUUGUUACAUGA